AUGAUGAUCCCUCCAUAUGUACCCUUUCAUCCUAAACCUUGUGGAAAACUUGUGAUUGUCUUUGAUCAUGGGGUCUCAACUUCAGACAAGAAGGUGCCUCUGGAGUUGGGGGAGGAAAGGGGAACUGUAGGAGCCUCCCAUGGCUGGUUAGCUACUUUGAAAGACGGCGUAUUGCGUCUCCAAGACGAUCUAAACCUAAGUGCAUCAGAUGUAGACCCCAAACGCAUCUCAUUGCCACCUCUUGUAACUCUACCUCAUUGCCAAACCCAAGUUGUCACCAACAUUGCCAUGUCUUGCUCAUCUCCUGAGGAGGAUGACUGUGUUGUGGCUAUCAAGUUCUUGGGACCACAACUAAGCUUUUGUAGACCCGCUCAACGUAACUCACAGUGGAUCAACAUCGAAAUCCGAAACUCCAGUUUCUACUCCUCCCCUGUCAUGUUUUCCAAGAAAGAUGAGAUGUUUCGCAUGCCUUCUUCUGGAGGUCACCUCAUUGGAUCAUGGGAUCUCCACAGACACAUGCACAAACCAAAGCUGUUGAAUGUGCGGUUCCGAAACCUCCCCAAGUUGACAAAGUCCAUGUGCCAGCUUUUGGAUUCGUGUUACAGAAGCGAACAUCUGGUGGAGUCACCAGGAGGAUGUGGAACUUUCAUGGUCAAGUGGUACAGGAAGAAAACCAGAGGCUUGCAUAAGAUGAAAACAAAAGCUGUUAUGGUGUUCAAGCUUGACGAUCAAGGAAACGCUGUUUACACUCAAGACAUUGGAGAUGUCUCCAUUUUCCUCUCAAGGUCUGAACCUUUCUGUGUCUCUACAGCAGCUGGAAGCUACUUGUCGCCUGUAGACCCUAACCACGUCUAUAUUCAGGAUUACGACGAGCAUGGAUUUGUGAAUAUCGGCAUCCCUCUUCGUGUUGACGCUGACAAGGUCAUUUCUGGACAUACUCCUAAGUCCUAA